AUGGGUCAAGGCUUCUCUCUGGCAACGCCGUCGGCCGGCGCGGCGGGCAUAGAUAUUGCCCAGCUGCAGGAUAUCCAGUACGAGAAGAGCAUUGGAAAUGCUCGGUUCAUGAAGAGUAUCCGGGGCAGGCAUGAACAUGGCGUCGUGUUGGUCAAGGUGCUUGUGAAGCCGUAUACGGAAGUGAAGUUGGAGAAGUACAAGAAGAAGAUUAUAGAGCAACGAAAGGCGUUGGCGGAUGUCCCUAAUGCCUUGGGCUUCCAGCGUAUUAUCGAAACCGAGACAAACGGAUAUCUAGUGCGGCAGUUCAUGUACAACUCUCUCUAUGAUCGUAUGAGUACGCGGCCUUUCCUCGAAGAUAUCGAAAAGAAGUGGCUGGCCUUUCAACUUCUCUGCGCCCUGCGAGAUUGCCACGCACGAGACGUUUAUCAUGGCGACAUCAAGGCUCAGAACGUACUGGUUACAUCUUGGAACUGGCUGUAUCUAACGGACUUCUCAUCCGCUUACAAACCCAUAAUGCUGCCCGACGAUAACCCCGGCGACUUUUCCUACUUCUUCGACUCCUCUGGGCGGCGGACGUGCUAUAUCGCCCCCGAGCGAUUUUAUUCAUCUAAUGAAGCUCCGCCACAGAAUCCCAAGAUGACGUGGGCCAUGGACAUCUUCAGCGCGGGAUGUGUCAUUGCACAGCUGUUCCUCGAAUCUGAAAUAUUCAGUCUCGCACAGCUGUACAAGUAUCGUCGGGGCGAAUACGAUCCGGUCAUUACUCACUUGAGCGUCAUUUCGGACAAAGACGUGCGAGAUAUGAUUGCUCAUAUGAUUCAGCUUGACCCGGAGAGGCGUUACUCAGCGGAACAGUAUCUUGACUUUUGGAAAGAUAAAGUCUUUCCUAGCUAUUUUUACAACUUUUUACACCAAUACAUGGAGCUUAUUACGGAUCCAUCUUCUGGGAACAGCCCGAUAUCUGGAGCCCAGAGUAAUUUGGGCGAGUCGGAUAACCGGAUAGAUAGGAUUUUUAACGACUUUGACAAAAUCUCAUAUUUCUUGGGAUACCAUAACGAAAAGCAGACCGCGGAGCCGAUAAUUCCCAAAUCAAGGCUGGGGCUGGACCAUUUCCCUGUCAGGUUGAGUAUUCCAACUCACGAACACUCCGUUUCAGCCGAUCUCGAACCACCAGAAGACGACGGGACGCUGCUAUUUUUGACGUUGGUUGCCUCGGCUAUGAGGACAACAGCCCGAGCUGCGUCUAGAAUCAGGGCAUGCGAUUUGCUAUUAGCGUUUGCUGAGAGACUUACCGAUGAGGCCAAGCUCGACAGAGUGCUUCCGUACCUAAUGUCACUAUUGCGUAAAGAAGAGACGGAUAUAGUGCUGGUUACAGUCAUACGAAACGUCACUCAGCUAUUGCAGCUGGUACGGACGACCACGCCAAUCAACUCUCAUGUUUUGGUGGAAUACGUCUUGCCAAGGAUGGAGAUUGCCCUUGGCACUAAAUCAUGGACCCCCAAUUCCUUGGUGCGAUUAACGUAUGCGUCUUGCAUAGGUAGCCUUGCUUCUACUGCACAGCGUUUUCUGGAGAUGGCAUCUAGCCUCAAGACUGAUGGAUCGAUGCCGAUUACCGAUCCAGAGGUUGAGCCUGGGACGAAUGGCGCCACAGCAAACUUUGAGAGUAUGUACGACAAUGCAAGCCGACAACUUUCUGAGAUUUUAGAGAGCCAUGCAAAGCAGCUCGUCGAGGAUCCAGACGCCAACGUUCGACGAGCGUUCUUGACCUCUGUGCCAGACCUCUGCAUGCACUUUCAGGACAAUUCAAACGACAUCUUACUUUCGCAUUUGAUCACCUACCUCAACGACGGAGACUGGAUGUUGAAGAGCGCCUUCCUGGACACGGUCGUGGGCAUUGCGACUUUUAUGGGGAGCACAAGCCUAGAAGAAUUUAUGCUACCUCUCAUGGUCCAGACUUUGGCAGACUCGGAGGAGAAUGUUGUGCGUUCAGCUCUACAUUCGCUGGCUCAAAUUGCAGGACUAGGACUGCUGUCUGGACCAAGGAUCUGGGAAUUGGCUGACUUGGUAGCACGGCUUACCAUGCACCCAAACGCAUGGAUUAGAGAAUCUGCAGCUGAAUUCCUAUCUAUGGCUGCCAAAUUCUUAUCCAAGGCCGAUAUCCAGUGCAUAUUGCUGCCAUUGGUCAGGCCAUACCUCAAAAUACAUACUAUCUCCGAUUUUUCCGAGCUAAACCUGCUCGACUCUUUGAAGAAGCCUCUCCCUAGGGCAGUUUUUGAUCAGGCACUGACUUGGGCUUCCAAAACCGAUAAGGGAGUCUUUUGGAAAUCUGUUUUGGGAAAGCGGUCGUCACCGGGCCAGGUACCGCUGGCCUCGGCAGCUCGAUCGUCCAAAGAACUGAUAUCUUCUUCUUUGAGCAAGAUUAACCGCAACGAAGAGGAUGAACAAUGGCUCGAGAAGUUACGGAAUUUCGGCCUGAAACCCGAAGACGAGAUAAAACUACUAGCAUUGGGCGAGUAUAUCUGGCGACUUAGCAAGAACAAGGCUCGCGACGCUUUUGUCGUCUCUUCUACAGAGGAAGAGAAUAUGCCAACAGGAUUUGUCCAGCUGAAGGAGCUGGGUGUAACACCGCAGACGGUAUUCUUCGACGACACGGCUCUGAAAGACCCUGCUGCUGUUUUACCGGAUUUGGAGCCCACACCUCCAGUAACAGGUCCGUAUACGAUUGCAGAUGCACUAUUAGAUGCCUCUAUGACAAUAGAUGAUACGCUCGGUAAGAAAAAGCGCGCCGCUCUUCAUUCGCACAAAAGAGUACACAGUAUUGGGCCUUUGCCCUCCAGGAGUACAGGUAGGCUCUUGUCUCCCACUGGGAGUGGCAGAGCUAGUUCGACGGACUCUAGGAGGGCCAUGACAUCUCCAUUGGGCCCUGGGGAUGACUCUGUUUCUGUUAAGGAUGCAUCUUAUUCUUCUCGCAGAGGCAUCCGGCACCAGUCAAGUGCUCUCAGUCUUUUGGAUCGCAAAGACGGCCAUAAGUCUAUCCCGGAGACUGGAACAAGCGACGCUAAUGCUUUUGGAGAAGUAGAAGGGCCGUUUGCCCAGGCAGUACCAAUACAAGUUGUUUCUGGGCCAGGCGCAGAAUCCGAAGAAAAUACUCGUCAGAAGCAUGUGCGCCAUAGCUAUGAAGGGACAGACCCUCAUAUUCGACGCAUGCUUGACAACAUGUACGUCGAAAACUUUCCCCGCGACGUGCUCGAGUUUGGGCCCAUGGUACAGCCUAUAUCUGGAGAUAAGAGCAGAUCGGUCAAUGUACCUGGUGCAGAUCCUCCUUGGAAGCCGGAUGGCCAUCUCGUGGCGACAUUUGCAGAACACCACGGGCCUAUCAACCGGGUCAUUCCCUCUCCGGACCAUAUUUUCUUCAUUACAGGCGGUAAUGAUGGGACGGUCAAGAUAUGGGAUACACAACGGCUUGAGCGUAAUAUUACAAACCGAUCUCGGCAGACUUACAAACAUGCUGAAGGAGCUCGCGUUCUUGCUCUCUGCUUUGUUGAGAAUUCUCAUUGCUUUGUCAGCUGUGCAUCCGAUGGCAGCGUUCACGUAGUCAAGGUUGAUACAGUUCCCACAAGCGGUGUGAUUAGGUAUACAAAGCUGCGAGACUUGCGUGAAUAUCAGCUACCAGAAGGCGAAUAUGCCGUAUGGUGCGAACAUUUUAAGCAAGAACAAAGUUCCAUUCUCGUCAUUGCCACGAAUCUGUCGAGAAUUCUGGCCAUGGACUUAAGGACCAUGACAGUCCUCUACAUCCUGGAAAAUCCUGUUCAUCAUGGAACGCCAACGUGCUUCUGCAUUGAUAAGAAAAGGAACUGGCUGUGCGUGGGGACUUCUCAUGGCGUAGUCGACCUUUGGGAUCUUCGUUUCAAGAUGAGGCUGAAAGGCUGGGGUUUGCCUGGAAAGGGGUCGAUCUAUCGGAUCUGCGUGCACCCUAACAAAGGAAGAGGCAAAUGGAUCUGCGUCGCCGGAGGAACAGGGCAGGGAGAAGUUACCGUGUGGGACCUGGAAAAGACAACUUGCAGAGAGAUAUACCGGACUGGCCAUACGAAGGACAGCCAGAAGGGAUAUACUGCGUGGGAAGUCGACGAAGACAAGCCCGAAGGGAUGCUUGGCCGGUUUGCGACCAACCUCGAGAUUAGCGACAUGGGUAAUGGAGAUCGUGGAGUGCGAGCGAUGGUUGUGGGCACAGGGACACAAGAUGCUCCGGUUCUGGGACAUUUCACGGAUCGAGAAUUCAUGUAUCUACAGCGGCCUCCAGUCGGACGAGCAGCCGCCUACGUAUACAAGCAUGAACCCGACAUCGUCGACAACGCUCAAUACGGAGCGGUUCGCGAGGCAUGCGGCGUCUUCGCCCAAUGCGGGAACGGCCAGGCAGAAGGCACCGAGGUCGACGGUGAUUUCGCAGCAACAGCAGCAGCUGUUGAAGUCGCAUUUGGAUCUGAUUAUGGACGUGGCGAUUUUGGAGUAUCCGUAUUCGAUGAGCGUGUCUGUGGAUCGGUCUGGCGUGGUUUAUGUGUUUCAAUAGAAUAA